AUGAGAAUCUUUGCAAUAUUAUUGGGCUCCGCCGUGUUGGUCCUUUGCAUGAUCAAAGUCAGCGAGGCGGUCGUCUGUACGUCGCCUGGUGUGCCAACCGACUGCAUUGAUUGCACGGAUGAGCUAAACGCAGAUGACGCGGAGUGCUUGGCCAUCACAACGACCACAACGGCGGCAACGUCAGAAUCAGCGACAACAACAACAACGGAGGCAACAUCAGGAUCAGCGACAACAACAACAACAGCUGCAACAGCUACAACAGCUACAACAGUCCGUAGCAGACGUAACCCCAGGCGAAAGGUUGUCAGGGUGACCAAUUUGCAGUACACGAAUGUCCGUCGCAUCAGGGUUAAUCGCAAUCGGGCACCAGCCGCGUCCUUCAAGAAGCGUCAAAAUAAUGCGCGUGUUGUGGUUGUGGGCUAA